AUGAGUAGCAAUAUGGAAACCAAGGCUAACAUUGGACAAAAUCCAAGAAUGUUCAUUGAUCUCCUUUACAGCAAAUGCCAGAGCCAAAGUGUGCUGUUUGCUUUUCCUCCCACCCAGGGCGGGAAAAUCCCCAUCCGAUGGACGGCGCCCGAGGCCAUCUCUCAUCGCAAAUUCACUUCCGCCAGCGACGUCUGGAGCUACGGAAUCGUCAUGUGGGAGGUGAUGUCCUACGGCGAUCGGCCUUACUGGGAGCUCUCCAAUCAUGAGGUCAUGAAGGCUAUUAAUGAGGGCUUUCGACUCCCUGCCCCCCUGGAGUGUCCUUCCGCCAUCUACCAGCUGAUGAUGCGAUGCUGGCAACAAGAGAGAAGUCAGCGGCCUAAAUUCACGGACAUCGUUAGCAUCCUGGACAAGCUCAUCCGCGCUCCGGAGUCGCUCAAGACUUUGGCAGAGUUUGACCCUCGGAUUUCCAUCCGUUUACCCAGCACCAGCGGCUCAGAAGGAGUCCCAUUCCGAACUGUGGCAGAGUGGCUGGAGUCCAUCAAAAUGCACCAGUACACAGAGCACUUCCUAGAGGCUGGUUAUAACGUCAUUGAGAAGGUGGUGCAGAUGACCAAUGA